AUGGCUACCAGCGGGUUACAGACCGGCGGCUUCGUGUUAGGGCUCGUCGGGUUGGCCGCGACCAUCGCUGCCACCGUCAUGAACAACUGGAGCACCAAGGACCGUCAGGGCGAUGUGGUCACCUCUGUCUACACGUAUAAAGGCCUGUGGAAGGACUGUGAAGUGACCACAUCUGGAUUCACCGAGUGCCGCCCUCUCUACGGCCUUCUGGGAUACUCAGGUCAGUUCCAGGCCGUGAGGGCGCUGAUGGUGGUCGGCUCGGUCCUGGGCGUGGCUGCCGCCGUCAUCUCUUUGUUCUCGCUGAAAUGUUUGAAAAUAGGAAGCGCCGAGGAGUCGACCAAAGCCAAAAUGACGCUGACGGCCGGAAUCAUGUUUGCUAUAGCAGGGCUCUGUGGCAUCAUCGGAGCUUCUAUAUACGCCAACCAGAUCGUGGCCAGCUUCAGGAUGACCACCUACAACCCCAAUUACGGCGGGAUGAACCAGAUGGAGAUGGAAGGAAUGGGGAUGGGAGGAAUGUCCAUGGCUACCACGUACACGUUCGGACCCGCCCUAUUCGUGGCCUGGAUCGGAGGGGGCGUCCUGCUGAUAGGAGGAGUUUUGAAGUGUGUGGCGUUCAGAGGGAUGCAGGCCCAGAGCACACCGAACUAUAAGGCGGUGAUGUAUAAAGUACCAGCUCAGUCCAGAGCAGCGGAUGGGAGCAGUGAGAGAGAACAGAAAUACGUCUGA